AUGGCUGACAAAGCCGCGCCUCCGCCCCCUCCGCCGGGCGCCAAACCCCAGGACCAGGACGAGAAAGAGGAGCCCAAGAAAAAGGAGAAGUCGGUGCAGCCCAAGGAUGAAGUGGGCACGAGGAAGGGGUGUCGUCGCUACAAGUGGGAACUCAAGGACAGCAAUAGAGAGUUCUGGGUUAUGGGGCACGCCGAGGUCAAGAUCCUGAGCUUGGUGCAUGUCUCCCAGCAGAGCUGCCUAAUAGCUUCGAUGAUAAUGUUCACCGGGACCACCGUGCACCCUCUCCUGACACUCAUCAUCACCAUGGAGUUGUCCGUCUUCUGCUUCUUCUUCAUUAUCUACACCUUCGCCAUCAACAGAUACAUGCCUUUCAUCCUGUGGCCGAUUUCGGACCUUCUCAAUGAUCUGUUUGCCUUCAUUUUCCUUGUGGGGGCCGUGAUCAUAGCUGUGAAAAGCCGACAAACCAUGCCCAUGCACUACUUCAUUGCUGUGAUCCUUAUUGGUGUGGCUGGACUUUUCGCUUUAAUCGAUAUAUGUCUUCAAAGAAAACAUUUCAAAGGCAAGAGAAUCAAAAGGAAUGUGCUGACUCCUCCUCCUCCAGGAAAGGACCAAAAGGCUGAAAAGCCAAAGGAAGGAGAAAAACCACCAGAAAAGGCAGCAGAAAAAGCACCAGAAAAAGCAGAAAAGCCCAAGGAUAAAGAAAAGGGAGGCAAGAAAUGAUGGGAAGGAGACCCCUGCUGUCAGAACCAGCAAUGUGUUUUACCACAAAACUUAUGUCCACUAUGUGUCUUGUCUUCUCUCUAGAAUGGUUUUCUUUUCCAUCCUAAUAACCACCUUUGCUUGGAAAAGAAAUUCUUCUUUAAAUGGAUUUUUAAAGCCUAAAGUUGACGUAAACAUUAUUUUGUUCAUUCAACAAAAGUUCCCAAGAGUUUUGAUGCAGAGGGCAA